AGCCCGCGGCCUCCCGCCGUGUCCCGGGCGGGGAGCGCCAUGCCGCCGCCCUGAGCGCGCCAGCGCCGGGCCCAGAGGCACGGAAGAAUCAGUGGGAGUUGUACAUCAUCCCAGCCCUUCCAAGAAAAGAGGGUGUGUGGUGAUGAAUGUGCCGUGGUUUUACUACAUAACAGCUUAGUGACUUUAUAACAUGCAAGACACUGAUGCCAGGGGGAGCUCCCCUGCAUUCCUCCGGCCUCAGAACGGGAACAGUCACAGAUCUUCGGGGUACAUCCCAGGGAGAAUUGCCCCUCUCCGUCCCCCGCCGCCCUCACAGAGCCAUGCUGCAGCUGAAUUUACCUCAGCCAGACAAGAAGCCCGGACAAGACUUCCGUCCCUACCAGUGGAGCAGCACCGCCGACAGGCAGAAGCCAACAGGCAUAAAAAUACUCUUAUUUGCUUUGCCAUUUCUAGCCUUUCACUUUUUGUUGCACUGGGGAUUUUUUUGGGAAUAGCUUCAAAAUACGCUCCAGAUGAGAAUUGUCCUGAUCAGAAUCCUCGUCUUAAAAACUGGAGCCCUGGAAAAGAUCCUGAAAAACGAGUUUUUAUCAAAAAAGGGGAUUUGUUUCGUCUGAACUCAGAUGCUACAGUACACUCUAUAGUUAUACAGGAUGGAGGUUUACUUGUUUUUGCUGAUGAUAAAGAAGGUUCUAAAAAUAUUACCUUGAGAACUCGAUUUAUCCUGAUAAAGGAUGGUGGAAUGCUUCAUGUUGGAGCAGAGAAAUGCCGCUAUAAGUCCAAAGCAACUAUUAUUUUGUAUGGGAAAUCAAAUGAAGGUGCUGAUGUGCUAGAAUUUGGUGAAAAAUUUAUUGGUGUGGGCCCUGAAGGAACACUGGAGUUGCACGGGCACCAGAAGGUGUCAUGGACUUUUCUGUCAAAGACUUUGUAUUUCUCAGGGCUGGCCUAUGGUCCUUAUACAUUUAAAAAGAAUUUUUCCCGAGGACUAAAUGUUAGAGUGAUCGAUCAGGACACAGCAGAAGUUUUGGAAGUGCUGAAGUUUGAUACUCACGAAUUUUCAGAAGAAAGCUUGAAGCUCCAGAACUUACUGAAAAAUGGAAGUCCUGGUCGCAUUAUUGCUAUUGCUGUAGGAGAUUCGGCUGCUAAAAAUCUACUGGAGGAAACCAGAGUGACUAUUCAAAAUCUUUUGGGAAGUAAGUUUGUCAGAGGAUUAAGUUACAGGCAAGCCUGGGCUUUAGUUGGUGUUAUAGGUGGUGGAAAUUCUUCCUGUAAUGAAUCAGUGAGAAACUAUGAAAACCACAGCACUGGUGGGAAAGCUCUUGCUCAGAAAGAGUUUUUCACAGUGGACGGUCAGAAGUUUGUUGUGAGAGCUUACAGCGAAUGGAAUGAUGGUGUCCCAGUUUCAGGCUUCCAGGUGGAAGCAGUAGGUGGAGUAAUACUGAAUCUUCUGGAUGAUGCUAGUAGUUGGGAGCCUGGAGACCGGAUUGUGGUUGCAAGCACAGACUAUUCAAUGUAUCAGACAGAGGAAUUCACCCUUCUUCCCUGCCCAGAAUGUACCAAGCAUCAGGUUAAAGUCAAAGAAAAUCCUCAGUUUCCUCAUGUAGGAGAAGUUAUUGAUGGAGUGGACAUGAGAGCAGAAGUUGGAGUUCUUACAAGAAAUAUCUUAAUAAAGGGAGAGACAGAAAAUACCUGCUACCGUGAAAAGGAGUGUCAGUUCUUUAGUUAUGAUACGUUUGGUGGACAUAUCAAGAUUUUGAAGAAUUUUACAUCUGUUCAUCUCUCCUACGUGGAAUUGAAGCAAAUGGGCCAGCAGCAGAUUGGAAGUUAUCCUAUUCAUUUUCACCUUUGUGGGGAUGUGGAUGAAAAAGGAGGUUAUAGUGUUAAAACUUACCUGGAAGGUCUUUCCAUUCAUCACUGUUUUUCCAGAUGUGUGACUAUUCAUGCAACUAAUGGCUUGCUGAUAAAGGACACCAUUGGCUACGACACUCUAGGUCACUGUUUCUUCAUAGAAGAUGGCAUUGAGCAGAGGAAUACUUUGUUCCACAAUCUUGGGCUAGUCACAAAACCAGGCACUAUUCUACCUACAGACAGAAACAGCAGCAUGUGUAUUGGUAUUAGGGAUAAAGUGUAUGGAAACUACGUCCCAGUGCCAGCCACAGACUGCAUGGCAGUUUCGACAUUCUGGAUUUCUCAUCCCAACAAUCAUCUUAUAAAUAAUGCAGCAGCAGGCUCACAGGAUGCUGGAAUAUGGUAUUUGUUCCAUAGGGUUGCUACAGGAGAUUCUCAUAGUUUAGCCAUUGAAACCAAAUCGGAGCUUACACCCCUAGGAAUCUUCUAUAACAACAGGGUUCAUUCUAAUUUUAAGGCUGGUUUGUUUGUUGAUAAGGGUGUUAAAACAACUAAUGCUAGUGCUGAUGAUCCCAGAGAAUAUCUUUGUUUGGACAACAAUGCAAGGUUUCGACCUCAUCAAGAUGCAGACCCUGAAAAGCCCCGAGUUGCUGCUCUGAUUGAUAGUUUAAUCUCUUUCAAAAACAAUGAUCAUGGAGCCUGGGUCAGGGGAGGGGAUAUCCUCAUUCAAAACUCAGGGUUUGCUGACAAUGGAAUAGGUUUGACAUUUGCUAGUGAUGGGAGCUUCCCGAAUGAUGAAGGUGCCAGCCAGGAGGUAUCAGAGUCACUGUUCAUAGGUGAGAGCAAGAAUUACGGGUUUCAAGGUGGCCAGAAUAAAUAUGCAGGAACUGGAGGAAUAGACAACAAGACACGCACUCUGCCUAGAAAUCGGACAUUUCCAAUCAGAGGCUUUCAAAUUUAUGAUGGACCUAUUCACCUUACCAAGUGCACAUUCAAAAACUUUGUGCCAACUCCAGACAGAUUUACCAGUGCAGUUGGAUUCUUGAUGAAAAAUCCAUGGCAGAUGACACCAAAAAAUAAUAUUUCUCUUGUGAAGUUUGAUCCAAACGUUUCUUUGAAAGCCUUCUUUGGAAAACCUGGUCCCUGGUUUGAAGAAGGAGAUCUGGAUGGUGACAAGAACUCAAUAUUUCAUGAUCUAGAUGGUUCAGUGACUGACUACAAGGAUACCUAUGUGGGCAGAAUGGAUAAUUACUUGAUUCAACAUCCCAAAUGCAUUAAUGUUACAGAAUGGAAUGGAGUAGUUUGCAGUGGGAACUAUGCACAGGUUUAUGUCCAGACCUGGAAUGGACAGAAUCUUUCCAUGACUAUCAUCCGAGAUGAGUACCCAGCCAAUCCCAUGGUUCUUCGAGGUAUUAAUCAGAGAGCUGCCUUUCAGCAAUAUCAGCCAGUAGUGAUGCUCCAGAAGGGCUAUACAAUACAUUGGAAUGGAAAAUCUCCAAACGUCACCUAUCUAUAUCUCAUUAACUUCAACAAGAAUGACUGGAUUCGUGUUGGUCUUUGUUACCAACCAAAUACAGAUUUUGUUAUAGUUUUGGAAACCUUUCAGAGGCGGUCAUCUGCUCUGUCAAGCAAGGUAGAGCGCUACCUGCCUGUCUCUUCGAUGAUGGAGCUUGAAAAGAAUCGAUCAGACAAGAAGUUUUACUUUGACAACAGUACUGGAUUACUGUUUUUAUUUCUUCAAGCCAAAUAUAAUAGGGAUGGUCACAGUUAUUGCUCAUCUCAGGGAUGUGAAAGGAUCAAGAUUGUGACCAAAGAUUCAGCAAAAGGGAGAAGUAACUGCAUGGCAAAAGCUUACCCAAAGUACUACCAAGGACCAACUGUCAUAAAGCAGAUGCCAUCAAAAACUACUGUACCAUGUACAAAAUGUGGCACAACUCAGAUGGUAUUCACCAGUGAUCCUCAUAAAAACUACCUCCUUGUGCAGAUUAAUUCAUGUGAUGCAAAAGAGUCAAGCAAGGGUCAGCAAGCAUUUAUAUCUGUCAAUGACACCAUGUUUUCCUUCAAGGAUAACGGUAUACUUACUGUUAUAAUAGAUGCGUGCACUGGCACAGUGUUGGGAAACAAAUUGUUUUCUGGAAUAGACAUUAAGCAUGUAGGUGGAUAUUUAAAAUCUGGAAUUCCACAAAGGUCUAUCGUUCUAUUGAGCACAAGAGGUGAUUUAGAAAUUCCUAAUAAUUUAGCAGAAGCCUUAAUGUCCCUGGGGACAGCGAAACCACCUUAUCUUCAGAGCAACGGAAGCCUGGCCUUCCUGGGCUUCAGAGGAAACUUUAAGCCAUCCUGGAUUAAGCUGUUUACUGGUCCUGCUGGGCAUGGGCUCGUUCAGAUAGAAAAGUAUAUCCCUUUACAACUGGAAGAAUAUGGCUGUGCCAGAGCAAUCAAAAGCCGACGGAAAGACCUCGAGCUUCUGAAGAAGGCUACAAGAUCUCAUUAAAGACUUAAGAUGUACAUAAAAGCUGGGGAAAAAAAUGUGAACUAACUUAUUUUUUAAUUUAUGGCAUUUUGAACUAUAUUGUUAUCCACGUAAAUCAUGUUAUUGUCUGACAGAUGUUUGCCAGCAUUGACUGCUUGAAUGCCAAUCUGUGCACCUUCUAGUUGUAUAAAAUAUUAAAGAAUUUAUUAGUAUUUGUAUAAACAGGUUUCAGAGAUUUUUCAGAUGUUUGUAUUUACUGUAAACAAGUUCCUUCUGUUUAUUACUUCUUUUGUAUGUAAGACAGUGUUCAUAAAAGCCUUAAAUUUUUAAUAACAGGUGUUGGAGUGCAUCUUGGGUUACUUGAAUAAUUUACGUUAACGCUUCCAUAAGCAGCUUGAAUUGGUCAUUAUAAUUUACACAUUUUCCCUCAGCUGUUUAGGUGGGGUUUUGGGCAUUUAUUUAGAAGUCAGCUUAGUUACAUUCUCAGUCUGCUUUCUAGGGUGUUAAAACCCAAUUUCCCUUAUGCAUGUAGCUGAUUCAAGGGGUUUUAACUGCAGUAAAAUUCUUGCUUUCCUGUGUGAGAGAUGGAGGGGAGAAUUUAAACAUCCAGCCUGGGGCUGGGUGAGGGUUGUGUACCAUGCAACACAGUUUUACAGGGCUAUGUGUACCAGCAUGGCACGCAGAACAGGAAAUUACUACUGUUCUUUAGGAUCGUUGUUUAUUAUUCCCCCUGAAUACACAGGUGUCUGUGAAAGUUACUGUAGUAAGUAGUCUAGAUGUUAAGGCUGCAGUCUGGAGUACAGCUUGGCUUCAGCUUAGUCUCUUAAAGCUUGUAGCUAGAAGGGCAAAGCUGAGAUACUGUUAUUCACAAUUUGUUAGGAAACUAAGUUUCUGCUCUUUCAGUGAUAUUUUUUUUUUAAUUAUUUGUUAGGCUAUCCCAGCUUUAACUUAUACAUAAACAGAAAGUGCUCUCAGUUCAUUCAGGCAUAAAGCUUCGGUUCAUUCAGGUUAUAUCUUUUGCCUUAACUUUGAUCUUUUUAGUAUACUCAUGUUAAUUCUUAUUGACUUCAUAUUAGGUCAGUUUGAUUUCUUAUGGUUUUGUUGCAAUUAUGUGGCCCUUUGUGCAGAUGGUGUGAAAAUCAUUUAGAAGAACAGGGGCACAGCUGCCCUUUUUCAGGUUCCUGGUCUUUGAAAUUAAAAUUCGAGGACUGUAGAGAUGCAUUUUCUAAUAGGGAACAAUAGGUGCCAUAGAGCUAAAAUGUAACCCUAGUUCUAAUAAAACUGACAUAAUUCUUUGUAUAUUUUCUCAUUCAUUUUACGUGUAUCUACCAUUCAGAGACUCUUUGUGGUUUGAAUUCAAAAUGCAGUGGCUGUUGCAAAUGAGCUAUAGGCCUGUCCUCUCCAAAGAAGUUGAAAAACUGUGGGGAUUUUUUUU